AGUGGUCUGUAGGGGAGUAUUUAUAAGGGGGUGUGCCUCCUCUCUGCUCCACACAGGCCUGAUGCUCCUGCCCUCUGACCUCACAGCCCCUGGCCCCGAGUCCCUCCCCAGCACCCACAGCCACCAGCCACAUAGAGGUAGCAUGGAGCUACCACCCUUUGACAUGUGGAGGGACUACUUUAACCUGAGCCAGGUGAUACUGACUAUAAUCCAGGGCCGGAGGCAAAGGCUGGUGGGUCAAGGGGCUGAAGUUCCCACCCCCAGCCCCCAGGAGAAGAGUGAACAGGAGCUGGGGGCCUCCGGGAACCUGGCCACCCUGUGCAACUUCUGCAAACACAACGGAGAGUCUCGCCACGUCUAUGCCUCACACCAGCUGAAGACAUCGGAAGGCGUGGUGGUGUGUCCCAUCCUGAGGCAUUAUGUGUGCCCCCUGUGUGAGGCCACCGGGGACCAGGCUCACACCCUCAAGUACUGUCCACUCAACAGCAGCCAGCAGUCUCUCUACCGGCGUGGUGGACGAAACUCCGCUGGACGCAAAGUCAAGCGAUAAGUAAGACCCACCAGGUGCCCAUCACCCACACCCCCAAACCCUUCUUGCUCUGGCCCUGGUACCCUCCCCUCUGCUCACCCAGCCCUAUGGGGGUUCCUGGAUCCCACUGUUCUCUGUGCCUUCAGGAUCCUGAAACAUUGGCGGUUGCUGGCAGCCGGGUCCACCUGUCUCAGAGAUUCCUGACACUGUGAGAGCUGUUCUCCAUGGACCCUGCAACUUGGUGGCUUCUUUUGGAUUG